GACAGAGAGAAAAUGAAUGGGUCAUUGGAUGGAACCUACUAAUAUAACCAGCCGCAGGACAAAUAGUAUCCAGGACAGGAGAAUUAACAUGUAUUCCCUGUGAUGCAAAGUAUUCAGGGGAACUUGGCUGGCCAUGCAGGAACUUCAGGAGUGGGACCUGUGAGCGAGCAGACUGUCGAUUGCAGGACUGACACAGCAGUCUACCAGCAGGAACAUCUCACUUGUAACAUAUACUCUGGAUGUUGAUCAUAUGGCUAAAGUAAAUAGAUUGGAUCCACAGAAGUAGGAAAAUGUGAGUGCAGGAACAGAAGAGGGUACUGGAGGAGGGAGAGGAAUCUGAACUCCAUUUAAACAGGUCAAUAACAUGACCUUCAACCCACCCCCCCUCAGGGUAGGGGCGGGGAGAGGAAUAACUGGGAAUCAACAAACUCAGAGACCCUUGCUGCUCACAGAAGGGAACGGCCAGGUAUGCAGAGAUCUCAUGAUGCCCUUCACUGAACUAGUUCAACAUCUAAAGUAAGAACUUGUAGCCACCGCUUUUCUCCUGAUCUGACUGGAAGGCUUUAGAGAUCCCUUCAAAAGAGGGAGAGAAGCAGGCCAAGAGUAUAACAAAAGGAGACAGGCAGAAACAACCAGGAAUUGCCUGUGACAAAGAGGGAAAGAGAGAAAGCAAAAAUUUAAAGGGCAGAGCAGAAGGAUAUACCCAGAGGAGGACAGAAAGAGGCAGAGCUGGAAGAAGAGACUGGAUUCAACGCACAACAAGGAAUCUGCACCUUCUCCUGGUCAGUGGACUAGUGAGGAUGAACUGGAACUAGAAAGGACAAGAAGACAUCGAGCAGCUUGAGACACCAAGAGGCCACAGAACCACCCUACGGGGAUGCAUAGUCCAGUCAUGAUCUGCUUUGUUUUAGGAUGUUUCUUAUGGUUCUCCCAAGUGAGAGGUGAGGAAGGCUGUCUCAACACUGAACUCUGUUCAGGUACGGAGUGGGACCGUUUGUGGUACAUCUGGCUGGUGGUGGCGAUCGGUGGGCUGUUGCUCCUGUGUGGCCUGGUUUCCGUCUGUGUGAGAUGCUGUUUUCAUUGCCGUCAGACAGGGGAGGAAUCGGGUCCUCAACCCUAUGAGGUCACCGUCAUUGCUUUUGAUCAUGACAGCACCCUUCAGAGCACCAUUACCUCUCUCCAUUCUGUGUUCGGGCCUGCUGCCAGGAGGAUAUUAGCGGUGGCACACUCCCAUAACGCUGCGCAGGGAACGCCACCCCUCUCAGCAUCAGACACUCCUCCAGUCUACGAAGAAGCUCUGCACAUGAGCAGAUUCACAGUUGCCAAGACGGGGCAGAAAGUGCCAGACCUGGAUCCAGUGCCGGAGGAAAAACUGCAGGCAUCUGCUGAGGGCAAGGAUGCCCAGCCAGCCCUCCCAGGACACUAGUGCCUGUUUUUACUGAAUGGCAAAUAAUACAGAAUAGUUAUAUGCAGAGACUAAUUCUUCUUAACAGGGUUAGGAAUAUCAGAUUAACCUCCUCAGUCUACUGAGAAAGGGAAGAAAAAGACUAAAAUAGUUUUAGAUCCAGCAUAUUUUGAUGGCUCCUUUUCACUCCUCCUUCAGAAAAUCAACAGUUGGCUGUCCCCAUGUCCAUUUAUGACACUCACACACACAUCACUAGUAUCACCCUUUGCACAAACAAGCAGGCAGCAGAAUCAAGGUGCUGAGUCACUUUGCAGGCUAGUGACCUGCAGGGAGACUGCAGAUGCUGUCUCAUUCUGCUUGUCUCCAGCCUAAGUUUCCUGGGUACGGCAGAGAAGUCUUCACAACGAGAAAAAGAAUGACAUGUGAGAAGGUCUUAAUACCUAAUAAUAACAACAAACCAAAGUUCUGGAAAGUGCCAACCAUUUAUAGUAAUUUAAAAAAAAAUAAUUAAAAAAAGGAGGUGUGUAGGAACACAAUCUUCGUGUAAACAACAGAUAGCAUACAUUUGGUAGUGUGUGCAGUAUAGUGUCCUAAGUGCCCUAUAGGAUAUACAGAAUGAAUACAGACUGGUUAUGAAUAUGAUAUAUAGGAAUUCUGAAACAGGAGUCACUAGCUUUUAUAUUUGAAUUAAAAAAAUACAUGUGCAAUAACGUAUCAAACAAGGAGAGGAGCAGGAACACUACCCCUGAAGUAAAGUUCAAUCGUAUUUUAGUUGCAUUCAUAUUCUAUCAAUUAUUAAUUAUUCCUAAUGUUGCUGUCUUAAAUAAGACCAUUUAAAAUAUUUAAGCCAUUUCUUAAAUGGAAAUAAUUUGUGAGUCUUACCUGAUUGAUACAAAUAUGUUGAAUCAUUCAGAAAUAUUAAUCAAGGCGUUUGGAUGAACACAGCUAUGGACCAACUGUAAAAUGUUUUCUUGGACUAGGUACUCAUGAGAAGGUAACUGUUGAAGAACAUCCGUAAUGUCUCUACCCCAGGUUCAGCAACUGAAAACAUUAAAGCAGAAGGACAUCCAAUAUCAGAUCAUAAGCACCCAUGAAUGAAUUGCAUGCAUAUGUUAAUGUUGAUAUGAAUGCACAGGUCACAGAUAUCACAUCUUUUGAAGUGCCUGGAUGGCCCUUCCUAAUGGAGUACCCAAAUUCUGACUGUCCUCAGUAUGCUGAUCUUCACAACACUCCUGUGAAAAUACAGAAAAUAGGGUUAUUUUGUGGCUAAGGAGAACAAGGACCAGGUCCCUAAAUAUACUGAGAAACAUAAAUGCUGUUGAGAUUACAGCCAUAGAAAAUUUUAUGGAAGGUUGCUAAGACAGCUUCAGGGAUAGCAUAAAGCAUAACUGAACAACCAAAAUACCUUUGAUGGUGUCAAAGGUAUUUUGACAGACCUUGUCCAGCCACAGGAAUUUUCUAUCAAAGGGAAUUUAGUGACGGUCUUGAUUUCCUAGGUCACAAACUUCUUCCUGAAUUGCCUAGUCAUUACCUAACUGUACCAUUAAUGAGUGAUAAACUGGAAUGGAAUAAAUAAAUAAGUGACAUAUAAGGUUA